AUGAAUCGUGAAAAGUAUCGUGAAACAAUCAGAGCUUUAUAUGCAUCAGGCCAUUCUAUUGAGCAAAUUCAUGAAAUAUUGCUCAAAGCUCAUGGAAAUAAUUGCCCUAGCAUUUCAACAAUACAAAGAUGGUUCAGAGAGUUCAAGUGGGGCCAUCAAUCGAUCGCAGAUAAACCCAGAUCAGGAAGACCUAAAGAAGUGCGAACUGACGAAACAAUUCGAAAUGUUCAAAAAUUUGUUAAAGAUAAUGGACGGAUUUCUACCCGAGAAAUUAGUGCAAGGUUCGAGCUGUCUCAUGAAACCGCAAGAACUAUUCUGAGAAAUGAUUUAGACCUGCAAAAAAUGAAUGCAAGAUGGGUCCCAAAGACUUUAUCAUUGACUGAAAAACGUCGACGAGUAGCAAUCGCUCGUUCAACUUUGGCAGAAUUUGGAGACGAAUGGGAGAAUUUUUUGUCUCGAAUCGUUACUGGUGAUGAAACAUGGGUUUCAUAUGAAACACCUGAAAGCAGAUUGGACUGUGCAGAAUGGUUACCUCGAGGUUCAAAACCGCCUGAAAUUCCUAAGAUAAGAAAUGAGCGUCGUAAGAUCAUGGCAACGAUUUUUUGGGACUGUGAAGGUAUUCUUCUGAUAAAAGUUAUGCCAAAAGGAACCACAAUCAACUCUGAUAGUUACUGUCAAAUUUUAGACGAACUUAGAGAAAAUAUAAAAGAGAAGAGAAGAGGAAAACUGAGGUCAAAAGUCAUUUUAUUGCAUGAUAAUGCACGUCCACACACCUCACAAGCAACUCGAACCAAAAUCUCCGAACUUGGGUUCCAACCACUAGAUCAUCCCCCUUAUUCCCCCGAUCUAGCACCCUCAGACUACUUUUUGUUCAAAAAUUUGAAAUACUCGCUCAAAGGAAAAAGAUUUGACUCAGAAACGGAGGUCACUAACGCUCUAAACGCUUUUUUCCGCUCAAAAUCACCAGAAUGGUACAGAAGCGGUAUUAGCUCUCUGAAGUCAAGAUUAGAGCGUUGUAUUAAAGCUAGAGGUGCUUACUUCGAUUGA